CACCUCAACUAAUCUUCCAUUUCUCUCUCCCUUCAAACCAACGAUUUCCUGUACUGGUACAGAAGAGGAAGUAUUUGUUUGGUAGACAUAGCCACAUAGGUGCAUACAUCCUUACCUAUAAGCGUCUUUUCAGAGUGUGGAUCUGUUGAGUUGAGGGAUUUCAGGUGAGGAAGAAUGACAGGCAGACAGCUGGUGGUGAUUCAGCCUCCUGAACUCAAGUUCACUUUUGAGGUGAUGAAACAAAGCUCAUGUGUUGUUCACUUAACCAACAUUACAGAUCAAUAUGUAGCUUUUAAGGUGAAGACAACAUCACCUAAGAAAUACUGUGUGCGACCCAAUAUAGGCAUCAUCAAGCCAAAAGCAACAGUUGAAUUCAGAGUUACUAUGCAAGCUCAGAGUGCAGCUCCAUUUGAUAUGCAAUGCAAGGAUAAAUUUUUGAUUCAGAGCACAGUUGUCCCCUUUGGGAAGAUGGAGGAAGUUAUGCCUGAAAUGUUCACAAAAGAUGAAGGGAAGUACAUCCAAGAGAACAAGAUAAGGGUCUUUCUGAUCAGCCCACCUCAGUAUCCAGUUUUGCAGCCUGUUAAUGGAGUCCUAAAGGAAGAGUCUCCAGACAAUACUUCGACUUUGAAGGAAAAGUUGCCAAUUGGAGUUGAAAACCUACCUCCACCUCAUACGCUGAUUGAUAACAGUGAGGAUACCAAAAAUGCUGCUGGCAAAGAGGAUCCAAGGUUAGGAAAUGUUUUGGAUGUUGCAGACUUGGCACAUCCUAAGAGUGAUAUCAGUAGUGAUGAGCUUGCAGAAUCAAGAUCUUUGGAGGAUGUUGCUACAAUGAAAGUGACAUUUUCCAAAGACUUUGAGGAGAUGAAGGCAAAACUAGGUGUAGAGCAAAGAUCUGUGGAGGAUGUGAAAACAACAAAUGAAGUGUUUUCAAAAGACUUUGAGGAGGUGAAGGCAAAGCUAGAUGUAGAGCAAAGAUCUGUGGAGGAUGUGGAAACAACAAAAGUAACAUUUUCAAAAGACUUUGAGGAGUUGAAGGCGAAGCUAGGUGUAGAGCCAAGAUCUGUGGAGGAAGUGGAAACAAUAAAAGUGACAUCUUCAAAAGACUUUAAGGAGUUGAAGCCGAAGCUAGGUGUAGAACCAAGAUCUCUGAAUGGUGUGGAAUCAAUAAAAGUAGCAUUUUCUAAAGACACUGAGGAGUUGAAGCCAAAGCUACAGGCAGAGUUAAUAUCAUCUGAGGAUGUGGAAACAAAAAAAGUUACAUUUUCCAAAGACAUUGAGGAUUUGAAGGCAAAGCUAGGUGCACUGAAUUCAAAGCUAAUUGAGGCGGAACAUACAAUUUCAAAACUAAACCAAGAAAAGGAAAAUAUUGCUCAAGAAAAGGAAAAUCUAAAGCAGGAAUUGGUUUUGUUUAGGAAAAAGACAGGUGUAACUGUAAGGAAAGUUCAAGUGGGAUUUCCCCCUCUAUUUCUUUGCAUGACAGCACUGGUUGGUUUGGCUGUGGGGUUCCUCUUGCGUGCUUAAUGGAAGAGAACGUCAUGAUUCCAGAUCGGGUUGUUGGAACCUUUUCGGAAGUUAAGUUAAAACCUUUACUCACUCUUAAACAUGUGUAACUGUAGUAGUGGUAUUGUACUCUUGUCGAUUAUUCAAAUGGGGAAAUGCUUUCCAGAAUUGAAUGGUGAAGACUGAUUAGGGCCUUCUCUAUUUUUAAUAAGAUUGUUUGUGAAAUGUGUUUCUAGCAAUAGCAACCAAAAUGAAGUUUUUAUUAUAAAAUGUUCAAUGUAGUUCUUAUUGUUAGUUA